AUGGGGCUCCGGGACCUCAAGAGGCCCCGAAGACUGGUGGGCCUUGAAAUCGUCAGCGAGGUUAUUCACGUGGAGGACGACAGCACGUGCUGCAUCAUGCUCCUGACAGAAGGGAUGUCAGAAGUCACGGAGGCACAGAUUGCGGAGGCCGUCUCGAUGCACAAAGGCAAGCCCAAGGCAGCCUGUCUACGUGUAGCCCACGGUGCCUCAACCUCCAACAGGAAAAAGGAGAUGUCAUCGUCAGAGCAGGCAAGAGCAGUCGGAGCGUUGGCUGCUUUCGUCGAUGUCAACGAUGACAUCAUCACGCAAGCAGCAGACCAGGCGCAGGCAACAAAGCGGUUAAGGACAGCAGACGGGAGACUUCUGCCAUCGGCAAAGCCACCGUCCAGGAUCCGAAUCGGGCACAUUCUUCUGAAGUGCCAACCAGCUAGUGGAAUUGCUCCAUCUGAUCCACAGGCACGGAGAGCCGCCCCAGCGGACCGGACCCAGGCAGAUGCGGAAGCACAGCUUUUGAAGCUGCUAGAGGUUCUGCACGAAGCCUACAACAAGGGCCCAGAAGCUGGUGCCGGCAAGCGCUUGACGACAAAGUUCGCAGAGCUCGCCAAGGAACAUUCCGACUGCAAGUCUGCGACAGCGGGAUCGUUGUCUGAUUUAGGAUGGAUCACCCAGGGCCAGCAGGGGAAGGAAUUUGAUGCGGCAGCAUUCGAGCUCCCCGUCGGUGGUCUCAGUGACAUUAUUGUCACUCAGCGUGGUGUCCAUAUACUUCACCGCCUCGCGUAA